CCCACAACGGAAGCGGAAGUAGCCAGAGCUCCGGGGAGAGCGUCAGCGAGGAGGAUGGUGUCGUGGAUCAUCUCCCGGGCCGUAGUGCUUGUCUUUGGAUUGCUGUACCCCGCCUAUUCAUCAUACAAAGCUGUGAAAACCAAGAAUGUCCGAGAAUACGUCCGCUGGAUGAUGUACUGGAUUGUCUUUGCCCUCUUCAUGACAGUAGAAACCUUCACAGACAUUUUCCUUGCCUGGUUCCCAUUCUAUUAUGAGAUCAAGAUGGCCUUUGUGGUCUGGCUGCUGUCCCCAUACACACGAGGAGCCAGCCUACUGUACAGGAAGUGUGUGCAUCCUGCCCUGUCCUUGCGGGAGAAGGAAAUCGACUCCUAUAUCGUGCAGGCAAAGGAGCGAAGCUACGAAUCAGUCGUCACACUUGGACGAAAAGGUCUGAACAUAGCGGCCACUGCGGCCGUACAAGCAGCUACCAAGGGGCAAGGGGCUCUGGUUGGACGUCUCCGCAGCUUCAGCAUGCAGGAUUUGAGGGAUCUCCCGGAUGAUGCUCCCAUACACUACAGAGAUCCCCUGUAUCCAGAAGCUGAACUCCACCGCCGCCCUAUUGGUUAUUCAACUCAGUCCCAAGCCGACAGUGACUCCAUGGAUGAAAGGUGGUCAGACACUGAAGGCAAAACCUCAGCAAGAACAAGAGGAGGCCUCCCGCCAAAACCACUGCAGAGGACCCAGAGUCUGAGGGUGUCCAAGAAGAAGGGGCUGGCUAAAGAGGCAUCUGUCCGGAGCAGCAAGCCUCGAGCAAAGAAGAAGACGACGACAGUGCAGUCCGAAUCAGAAAUGUAAUUUACAGGAGGGUGCUGAGAAGCGGAGGGGUACCAUGCCCAUACACCCUCAUUCAUAGAAAGCUGAAAACACUGAAUUUUAAACUUAAAGUAAUGUUCACACUGGCUGUGUGUUACAGAAUGCGGUUUCACGGCGCGUGUAUAUCUGUGUAAAUAUGUGCAAUCGAUACGUCUGUCUACGGUUUUAUACAUGUGUGCGUGUAUAUAUAUGGCAGCAUUCUUUACCUAAACCUUAAGCCGGUGGUAGGUGUCCGGAGGCCUCGCUCCCUGUUCCCCAGAACACUCACUUUGGGGUCCAGACUGGACUUUCGUUGUCCACACAGGAAUAUGCCUCAAUGUUUGGCGCAGACUUACAGCCACGUCCCUGUGUGCCACGUGUUUUAUUCUGUUGUCUGUGCAUUUAUUUAUGUAUGUAUGUGACCACAGCCAGCAGUGUAUAUGGAUACAGCCCGUGUGCAGGUAUGUCGUCUCUGCUCCCGCUGUCCGGGGCUCAUUGUGGUGUCAUGCAAUCUCAGUAUCACAUUAUCAUUGCCUGAAUUCAGAUCCACCCUCAGUAUCGGGGUGACAUACUUGCUGCUGGGCAGAUGAUGGAUAAUACUACGCAGUUUACUAGAGACUAAUUUAGGGUAUUCCUUUUCGUAAUGAACCGAUAUAUUCACACUAGGCAGCUUAUGUGACAUCUGAAUGCGGUGGCAUUUCUGCAAACCCCAUUCAGAUGAAAAUCUGCCGCCUAUGAGUCCUUCCAGUGAUUGAUAAGCCUUUUGCAUGGGCCUCUUAUCCCAUGACAGCUGGACAGCCAUAGGUCACAGUGUCCGCUGGGCGACUGACCUCACAUACACGUAGCCAUACCUUUGCACGCACUAAUUUAUUUUUAACAUUUUGGAUUCUGUUCUUUUGACUAGUAUUAUCAGUAAGAUUAAAGGUUAAUAUGUUUUUAUUGCUAAAUCCGAUAUAAUCUUUAGGGUUAGAACUCAGUAAUUGAUAUGUUGAAAUAGCUAAAUCUAUGCAAAUUUAAAUCUUCAUUUUACAUCAGAAAAAAAAUACAUUUUUUUCUUACUUCAGAAAACCUACAGAAGAGCAACUGUGAGGACAUCCAGUUCCCUGCAGUUGCCACAGGAGGCCAUCCAUAGAAUAUAGUUUGCUUAUGCAAUCUGAUGGGACCGCAGGGAUGCCACUGGGUGCCUGAUUUCCCCUCUGUGUCCCCGGAGUUAUUUGGGGGCGGUCGGUUGCCUAUAAAGUGCAGUGUCUUAAAGGGGUUGGCCCAUCUCGCACUUUGGUGUCAUAUAGUUUGGAUAUACCACCAUUGUCCGAUAGGCGCGGGUCCCAGAGGUGGAGCUCAUGCGCUAUGUGAUUUCCAUUCACUUCUAUGGGAGUUCUGAAAGAGCCAAGCUAGCGCGCGCAACUAUUUCCGGAAGGGAAUGGGGAGCGCACAGCACAAGUGCGGCCACCUCUCCAUUCACCUCUAUGGGAGUUCUGGACAUAGCCGAGCUGGCACUUGUCUAUUUUCAUCACUUCCAUAGCAGUGAAUGGAGAGGCGGCAGCGCUUGUGUGGUGUGCUCUCGUUCACUUUGUGGGCCCCAUUCUAGAGAUACUGUAGGUGCAGGUUCCAGAGGUUGGACCCGCACUUAUCAGACAUUGGUGGCAUAUCCUAGCAAUAUGCCACCAAAGUGCCAGAUGGGCCAACCUCUUUUUAAAGGGAAGGACCAACAACUUCACAACUAUUACAUUAUUGUUCCAUAGCGUCUAAUAUAACAAUUGAAGAAACUUAGCAAAUUGUCCUCAUCGUGUUUUAUCUACAGCUCUUAUUUAGACUUAUGGGUCUCCUUGGCAUCAGACUACGAACGCAACUUGUGUAGUCUGAUCCUGACGUUCUACUGCCAUGACGUUUUUUUUGCUAACCUACGGUUUUAUGAAAUGGGGGACAGAUAAGACGUCUGACUGCAGGAUCAGACUACAUAGUUGUUGUUUUUUUUGUAGUCUGUUACCAUAGAGAUGUUUUAGUUCCAUCUGUUUGCAGAGUUCCUUCAUUUUACGUUUUGUAUUCGGUUAGCAACGUGGACGUCGCACUGUAUGACCUGGACUGGUGUCUUACCACUACAGUCAUAUCUGGCACAGUAGUCUCUUGGUAGGAGUCUGACCACUAGGACAUUUACUGAACCUAAGAAAAAUGGUAGCCAGUGAGUGUUCUUGUUCUCCGUUAUAGUGAGUAGGAGAUACAGAAACAGGAGAGCAACUGCACCCAACCAUUUCUGUGUUGCCAAUUCACUAUAAUGGAGAGUAACUACAUGUGAGCCACCACCAAGACACCCAAGCAUCCUCGUUCCCAAGAUCGGUGGUUGUCCUAGCAGUCCUGCCCCCACCAGUCAUAUAUGAUGUAGGUGUGCUACACUGUCUAUACGUGAAAACCCCUUUUGUUCAUCCUUACACAGCUUUUGCCAAAUUAAUUGGAAGCUCUUUGUAGAGCAGAAGAGACUUGUCACAUGGAAGGAUGACAAAAAUGACACAAGCCUUUAGUAUUUAGUGCCUUGAUGUAUGUCGAAUGCACGCAGUCACCUCGCCGUUGUAGUCAGGCAACAUAAAUGCAGCCGUGUCCUCGUCUUAUAGCAAAACCGAGCCAUUGUCUUACACUGAUGACCAAAGCUCUAUUUCUUUACCAAAAAUUGUCGGGUUGCCAGAAAGUAGAAGCCCUUGAGUCAUCCACUUCUAAAUUAAAGGGGUUCUCCAAGACUGGGAACCAAUGGGUCGGGCAUGGUGAAAAAUAAAAAAACACU